CGCUGCCCAUAUUAACCGACCAGCUUUAUACCCUAUAAGAGAGUAUCCUACCUUCCAUAGUCGGUGGAGUUGCAUAAAAUCCAGUCCUUGCUGGGCCCUUCACAGCCGUGUCGACAUGGUCCCGUUGUGCAUUGCAUCAUGACUACGCUCGAAGCUCAUCAUGCGGUAACCAGCCCCCUUCCUUUGAUCCCGUGUUCUCCGUCUGCGUGAUAUACGAAGGUCUAAGGGGCAAGCCCGGCAGACUUUUCUUUUAGUAUCUAUUGAUGGCUAUAUAGGUAGGUAGACAUUUCCCCUCCACCAAGUGUGUGGUUAUAAAUAGGAGUGCUGUAUUCCAAAUUCGUGCCGUUCGCCAUGGUCCAUCAACGCGGCGACGACCAUGAUAUCCCCCAGGAGCACCGUCUUUAUAGACAUGGCGCCUGGCUACCCGCGGAUUACCGCAUCCAACACGAAUGGCUCAAAAAGCAGAUCGACUUUGUCGACAACAACCCCAAGAAAGAGUUGAUCCCCGUCCUCCAGGAGUUCAAGCAUUUCAUCGAGGGGAGCCCCCGGAUCUAUAUGUAUUUUAACCAGAUGUGGGAGGAGAUCCCGCACAAGAAGCCGUACGACAUGGACCCAACCGGCAGCAAGAGACAGGUCCGGGGCUAUCGACACAUGCUCGCCGUGCUCAACCACAUCAUGAUGCAGGCCCCGCAUUGGACUGAGGCUGGCUUUGGCGUCGGCAUGGUCGGCGUCCCAAUGAUGGGAGUCUUCGACUACGCGAUGGCCACACCUAGCGGGCACGCUGCAUUCUUGGACCCGGGCGUUAACAAGAUGCUGAAGAAGAUACUCAACGAAUGGGGGAAGUUUCUCAAGUCGCCGCGAUCGGCCGACGUCCUCGGGCCUCAAAAGCAAGGUUGGUUCUCGAAGACUGCGGUCACGGACCUGAUGGAGGUGGCCAACGCUCCCCUCAAAACAUCGCACAAAUUUGAGGACAUGUACAUCUGCGACCCGACGGCCGAGCACUACGGCUUCCGGUCCUGGGACGAUUUCUUCACGCGUCAGCUCCGGGAGGGCGUCCGGCCGGUGGCGGCACCAGAGGACGACAGCGUCGUGGUCAACGCGUGCGAGUCGGCGGUGUACAACCUGGCGCGGCACGCGCGGCUGCGCGACCGGUUCUGGAUCAAGCACGAGCCGUACUCGGUGCUCGACAUGCUGGGCCACGACCCGCUGGCGGCGCAGUUCGACGGCGCCACCGUCUACCAGGGCUUCCUGUCGGCGCUGUCGUACCACCGCUGGCACGCCCCCGUCAGCGGCCGCAUCGUCCGCGCCUUCGUCCGCGACGGCACCUACUUCAGCGAGCCGCUCUUCCAGGGCCCCGCCGACCCGAGCAAGUACGGCCGCGGCGCCGCCCCCGACCCCGACCCCGACCCGGCCUCCCAGCCGCGGCACAAGGCAGGUCAAGACGACGGCAGCGAGGAGGGAGGCGGCGGCGGCGGCGGCGAGAUCGACAAGCGCAGCAUCGCCGUCGCCCAGGGCUACCUGACGGCGCUGGCGACCCGCGCCGUGAUCUUCAUGCAGGCGGACAACGCCGCGAUCGGCCUGCUGGCCUUCGUGGGCGUCGGCAUGGACGAGGUCAGCACCUGCGAGCUGACGGUCGCGCAGGGCCAGCACGUCGCCAAGGGCGACCAGAUCGGCAUGUUCCACUUCGGCGGCUCCUCCCACUGCCUCCUCUUCCGCGCCGACGUGCCCGUCGACGGCUUCCCGCCCCGCGGCCGCCGCGAGAACGUCCCCGUCCGGGGCCAGCUCGCCGUUGUUCGCAAGUAAUGUUGGCGGCCCCGAGAGGGAGAAAAGGAGGGAGAAAAGGAGAGAGAGAGAGAGGCGACGGAGGGGUGUGUGUGUAGUUUCACGUAGCAGUGCCUUAUAAGGUUACUAUUAUGUGGCUGCCAAGUUCCAGGCAGAUGUUUACCACCAAGUUCCUUCAUAACCACUCUUUCUAUGAUGGAUGCCUCUACCGCUUAUCAAGGAAUUACUAACCGACACAAGGC